AUGAUUUUAAGGGCUUUGGCUCUAUUUGCUUUGCUACAGGUUGCCCUCACUCGUCGCGAUAAUGCGUGUGGAGAGGGAGAGUUCUACAAUCGCUUGAUCUUGGCCUGUGAUCAAUGCACAAGCGGAUGCCCACAAAAUUCGUACAUCGAGAGACCCUGCACUCCAUAUGAAGACACACAGUGUAUCGAGUGUGGAGUUGUUGAUCAUGAGAAUGAAGACUUCAAUUUAAAAUGCGGAGUUCAAGUCGAUCAAGACUUCAAAGACGCGAUUGAAGUCCAAAUUCGUGGCCAACUCGAGAAAACGUUUGCCCUUCGAGAAGUCAAAUUGCCCAGAAAAGAAGAAACCGAAGAUGACCAAAGUUCCGAAGUUGAUCAAAUGUUGAAAAAGAUCAAUGACGAGUGGCCUAAGCCUGACAUUCUCAGCAUUAGCGAUGAUGACGAUGAUGAGACUGAGGAUAGUGAGAACGAAGCGGAUGUCGCUUUUGUGUUCACGAAUUUGAAGAUCGCAGAUGAUUCGGAUGAGCCUAAACCGAAGAUUGGUCAAGGUGCAGUGCCUGCAUGGGAUACGGACUCCGCUGAGACGGAUGUGUUCCGCUCCUUGCGUUACGCAUAUAAACAAAAUGAGAGAAACUUCCUUAAAAAAGGCAGCCAGAGACGAGUUGAAACUAAAGAAAUCGAAGAUGAGAGUGACUACGAAGAGGAAGAGCCGUUGAAGAUAGUCAAAGAACUUGAAGAGGAUGAGCUGCAGUUGAUCGAAUUGGAAGAAAACGAUCGUCGUCUCGUUUCUUUUGAAGAAGUCGAUGAGGAGAAAGAUCCCUUCCCAGAGCUGUUACCGCAAAAGAUCAAAAAGAGACCAAUGCCAGCGGUUCGAUUGCUUGAUCCGCUAUUCGAUCUCGAUGAAGAAGAGGAGAAUUUGAAGAAAGUUGAUGACGAUUCCGAUUCGGACUCUGAUGACUCAGAUGAGAACACACCAGUCAUCAAGGAAAUGAUCAUCGAACGUAUCAAGCCUCAAGUUAUCGAUUUCCAAACGUGGAAACAACAAAUUCGUGAAAACAUGAAAAACAAGAAAUGGGAUGAUGAUGAUGAUGAUAGCGAUAGCGACAGUGAUGAGAGCUUAGAGGAAGAAAUGACAGCGGUCAAGAGUGCGAAUGUCCCACUUCGCAAACACGUCUUCCGCGCCAUGGCACUCACCAGUUUCUUCAUCCUCGUCCUUGUUCUACUCUUCUGGAUUGCUCAGCUUCGUCGUCGCAACCGCAUCUAUCGUUAUCACAUCAGCAAGCUCCGUUAUUUGACUCCAGAGGAGCGUCAAGUGAUUGAGCGAGCCGUCGGUUUUCUUCAAAAAUCCCCUAUGAACAUCUACGAGAAUCAAGUUUACGAAUCGGCU